UGUAAAUAAAUAUUUUGGACGCCCGCCAUUCCGUACGCGUGUCCACAGUCGGUUGUCCGGUCAAACACGAGUCGUCAAAGUCGCGCUAAACACAUAACAUACAUAUAUACAUUAGUGCGUACUACUCGUCGGCGAUCGCUAAAAAGUUUUAAGUAAUGUGUUAGCUUAUAUUCCGUGCGGCAAAAACAUUUUCGUUUCGAGUAUUUACAUAAUAAAGUACCAAGUAAAGUAAAAAACAAAUAGUACAACAUGACGACCACCGAUGUGCGCAAAAGAAAACUGGCUACGGAUGAUAAACCGUCACAGGGCAACCGCCGGAAAGGCAGCGGCUCCGUCACUGGCAGCGGCGGAGGGAGUCGCGGUCCCAGCGGCCUCAAGAUAUCAUUUUUGUGCCUGAUUGUGUCUGUGAUCCUCCUACUCUUUGUCUUUGGUGUGUAUCAUAUGUAUUUUGUUCAUGAAGAGCCUGCCAAAGUUGUACUAACCAAACCUUCUGAAUUUCCCACUGUCACCGUGCCCUUCUCGCAAAUUGAACCCCAUUUGCCGCAUCAACCCAUCGUUUCCCGUUCCUCUACCUCGAAACCGAAACGGAAAACAAAAACCAAAACUGAAACGGAAUCUGCUAACAAUGCAGGCUUUAUCUCAGAGAAUGCCAGUCCGUAUCUGGCCCGUCUGGCCUCGAAGUUUGGCUAUAGCAAAGUACAGUACGCAGCCAUCAUUGAUGCAGGAUCGACAGGGAGUCGGGUGCUGGCCUACAAGUUUAAUCGUAGCUUUAUAGAUAAUAAGCUGGUGCUGUACGAGGAGCUUUUCAAGGAGCGCAAGCCGGGCCUCAGCUCAUUUGCCGACAAUCCUGCCGAGGGAGCGCACUCCAUCAAGCUUCUGCUGGACGAAGCUCGUGCCUUCAUACCCAAGGAGCAUUGGUCAUCCACGCCGCUGGUCUUGAAGGCCACCGCCGGACUGCGACUGCUGCCCCAGAGCAAGGCGGAGAACAUCCUCAAUGCUGUGCGUGAUCUGUUUGCCAAGUCGGAGUUCAGCGUGGAGAUGGAUGCCGUAGAGAUCAUGGAUGGCACCGACGAGGGCAUUUUCAGCUGGUUCACCGUCAACUUCCUGCUGGGUCGCCUCUCAAAAACCAACCAGGCAGCUGCCUUGGACUUGGGCGGCGGCAGCACCCAAGUCACCUUCUCCCCGACAGAUCCCGAGCAGGUUCCCGUCUACGACAAGUACAUGCACGAGGUGGUCACCUCCAGCAAGAAAAUCAAUGUGUUCACGCACAGCUAUUUGGGAUUGGGCCUGAUGGCCGCCCGCCAUGCCGUCUUCACCCACGCCCACAAGAAGGAGGAUACACUGCUGGAGAGUGUGUGCGUCAAUCCCAUCAUUGCCAAUCGCACUUGGACCUACGGGAAUGUCCAGUACAAGGUAAGCGGCAAGGAAAACAGCAAGUCCAGUGCAGCCGAGCAGCCAAUUGUCGACUUUGAGGCUUGCCUUGAGCUGGUCAAGAGCAAGGUGAUGCCGCUGGUCAAGCCCAAGCCGUUCACCCUUAAGCAGCAUGCGGUGGCCGCAUUCAGCUACUACUUUGAGCGUGCCAUUGAGUCGGGUCUUGUGGAUCCGUUGGCCGGCGGGGAGACCACUGUCGAGGCCUAUCGAAAAAAGGCGCAAGAGAUCUGUGCCAUUCCCAAUGACGAGCAGCCGUUUAUGUGCUUCGAUCUGACCUUCAUAUCUACGCUGCUUCGCGAGGGAUUUGGCCUCAACGAUGGCAAGAAAAUUAAGCUUUACAAGAAGAUCGAUGGUCACGAAAUCUCCUGGGCCCUGGGCUGCGCCUACAACGUGCUGACCAGCGAUGAGAAGUUCAGUAAUUCCUAAUGCUCCUCCAUUAGUCCGUAGAUGACAGACGACAGAAUACAUUUUAAAUCAGAUUGCUAGCUGAAAUUGUUUAUAGAGUGCCUUAGACGUGCAUCGAGUAUACCACAUAAUAUACUACAC